AUGGAGGUGAAGGCCAAGCCGGCGAAUGGCGGAAAGAGGACCAGUGAGACCGGCGGCAGGCCGAUACUGGUGGAGAAGGAGUUGGAGAAGAAGAGGAGGCAGCACAUGAAGGAGCUCUGCGAGAAGCUCGCGUCCCUCAUCCCAAAAGAACACUUCCCCCACGCUGAUACAAUGACCCAGUUAGGAAGCCUGGAUGUGGCGGCAUCAUACAUCAAGAAACUCAAGGAGCGGGUCGAUCAGCUACAACACAAGAAGACCUCUAUACAAGCAGUGAGUACCUUACUGGGAGUUAGUGGCAUCUCGACGCCCAUUAUCACCGCUACCAUGAGUGGCGGCGUAGGAUCACCAGAAGGAGGAAAAAAAUUGGAGGCAUCGCCACUAGUAGUGGAGGUGCGGGAACCCGGCGAUGCCAGCAUGGAGGUGAGAUUGAUAUGCAGCAUAGGGAAGCCUAUCAAGCUCCAUGAGGUGAUCACCAUUCUUGAGGAAGAAGGGGCCGUCAUCAUCAACGCUAAUCACUAUGUUGCUGCCGACAGAAUAUUCUACACUAUACACUCCUGGGCCUUCAGCACUAGAAUUGGCAUAGAUGUUUCAAGAAUUUCUGAACGACUGGGAGCAUUGGUAUGA